GUCAUAUUUUUCCACCGACCAAUCAUUCAACAUUUUUGGUCCAUCUCCCCUUCCUCGCGAGUCCCCUCACACUGUUAAGGAUAGAUCCCUCUCCCUCAACUCUUCUCUCUCUUCUCUUUUAGUUUCUCAGAAGAGACCACCAAAGCUCCCCAGCUGUGCCAGAUAUCUCCCUUACUGGUUUUUCCGGCAACAAAUUCCUUCAACUUAGUUGCUCUGCGCUCGAAAUUCGAUCAAGACAUCAGCUUUCUCAGAAGCUCCACUCUUUUGCCAGUCAAACUACGAUUUGGGUUCUUUUCAAAGUGAUUGGGGUUAUUUGAUUUGAGUUGUCUCUUAAGAGAGAUUUGGGUUUUCUCUCUCUUUCUGCCAUGGCCACUGACACCAAGAUCACAGGCUCAGACGCUUCCCAAAUCACCAAAAGUGUGGGCAGGCUGGAGGGCAAGGUGGCGCUUGUGACUGGAGGCGCCAAUGGCAUCGGUGCCGCCAUAGCCUGCCACUUUGCUGCCCAUGGUGCUCGUGUCUGCAUCGCGGACUUGGAGGAUGAUGCCGGCCGCAGCGUCUGCCAGAGCAUUGGCCCCCUUGCAUCCUAUGUCCACUGCAAUGUCACCAUUGAGUCCGAUGUCUCUAAUGCAGUCAAUGCCACCGAGUCCACCCAUGGCCCUCUCGACAUUCUCGUCAACAAUGCUGGCAUUGCUGGGCCCCCAUAUCGGGACAUCCGCGAUGCCCUCACCGAUGACUUCCAGAGGGUCAUUGAUGUCAACGUUCGUGGCGUCUUCCUCUGCACCAAGCACGCAGCCCGCGUCAUGAUCCCUCGCAACAAGGGCUGCAUAAUCUCCAUAGCAAGCACUGCUGCCGUCCGUGGUGGCCUUGCGUCUCAUGCGUACGCAGCCUCAAAGCAUGCCGUUGUUGGCAUAACCAAGAAUUGUGCAGCGGAGCUCGGUGCGCACGGCAUCAAAGUGAAUUGCAUUUCGCCGCACGCAAUAGCAACGAGGUUGUCAAUGCCGUACCUGCCGGAGAAUGAGGGGGAGGGAGAGGCAGUGGCAGCAUUCGAGAACUUUGUGGCAAAGAACGCCAACCUCAAGGGCCCCACAUUGACUGUAGAUGACAUUGCACAGGCGGCGGUGUAUCUCGCGAGUGACGAGGCCAAGUAUGUGAGUGGGCUCAAUCUUGUGGUGGAUGGUGGCUUCACAAGUGUGGUUAACUCUAUGGGAAUGUUCAGUUGAAAAUGGAUGGUUAGAAGUGUUUUUAUUUUCUUGACAUACUUCAAAGGCUGAAAAUCUUGAUCUCUCUCAUGCAAAUUGGAUUUCAUAGUUUUUUACUUGAUUAAAGCUUGGGAGCAAUGGGGUUUUUGUUUGUUAAGGUAGCAUGGGUGGUUCCCACGUCUUGCUUUACAUCCAUCUGGUUUUCACUUCAAGAGUGGUUAUGAGAUAUAUAAAAAAUGUGGGCUCCGAUUUCCUUUACCUUUUGAGCUUUCUUUAUGGUAGUGGAUUUCUAUAUGCUUAA